GCGCGCGCUUUGUGUACGUGCUGGGCAUGGCGGAGGGAGCUCGUGUGCGUGCGAGCUAGGGGACGUCUCCGCGUUCGCGGGUCUGCUUUGGGGUAGGCCAGAGCUCCCUUUCCGCGGUGCGGAAAGUCGACCUCACCUCAGGCCUGGAGGCUUUGCCCGGCUGGUGGGCUUUCCUGCAGUGUGUUGGGGGGUUUGCCCUGGUCAAGUUGAUCCCGCGUUGAAGGAAGCAGCCUCAGUGGACUCCUUCAGUGUCCGUGCGACAUUAAUAAAGACUACCUUAUCAAGAUGGAAUAUCCAUCAGACUCAGCCGUGAUUUUCCCUGGCACUCCUCAGGCCUGUGGGAAUCCACCAUCUCCCUAUACAAACAGCUCACGGAAGCAACCUAUGAGUGCAACACUUAGAGAAAGAUUAAGGAAAACAAGAUCUUCAUUUAAUUCCUAUUGCAGUGUGGUGAAACGUCUUAAAGUAGAGAAUGAAGAAAAUGAUCAGAUCCUUUCAGAAAAAACAGCAUCUUCAACAGAAGAAAACUGUGUGGAAUUUCAAGAAAGUCUUCAACACAUAGACAGUGAAUCUGAAGAAAGUAUGUUCUUGAAAAAUAUCAUCAAGGAUAUCAGUGCAUGUGAAUCUAAGUCACUUGAUACUGGGUCAUACAGUACUCUCCAAAAUGAUUUUGUGAAUGAGAGUCCUAAACAAGGAUUAAAGGAAGAAAGAGCAAAAUUGGUGCAGCAGAUUCAGGAGAAGGAAGACCUUCUUCGGAGGCUAAAACUAGUCAAAAUGUAUAGAUCAAAGAAUGACCUGUCACAGUUACAGUUAUUAAUAAAGAAGUGGCGAAACUGCAGCCAGCUAUUACUUUAUGAAUUGCAGUCAGCUAUGUCUGAAGAGAACAAGAAACUAAGCCUUAGUCAAUUGAUCGACCACUACGGGUUAGAUGAUAAAUUGCUACGUUAUAACAGAACUGAAGAAGAAUUUUUAGGUGUUUGAUUCAGUUUUUUUUUUUCCCCAGAAUAUCUUCUUUUGUUUGUUUUUAGUUUUUCAGUACUGGGGAUUGAAUUCAGACCCUUGAAUGCUUUCUACCACUGAGUCACAUCCUUAGUGCCUUUCCAGAAUAUCUUUGAAAACUUAAUGAGAAAUUAAUUAGCACAUUUUUAAAGGAAGAAUGAAAGCCAGCUCAGAGGAAGGUGUCUUUUUUUUUUUUUUUUUUCUGGAAGGUGUCUUGAUGAAAAUUAAAUUAGGAUACUCUAAUAUAUCAACUAAAUUCUAAAGUGGAAUUUAGUAUUUUAGAUAGAUUUGCCAAAGAAAAAUUGGUAUUUAAAGAAAUAAGGAAAAAUUUAAAUCAUGUUUGAAAGGCAAUUUGGACAAUCCUGGAAAUCAGUUGUAGUAUACUCUUUUGCUUUUGGGGCAAAAGGUUUUAUUUUCAGUGUUAAAUAGUCCAGUCUGGCAAAUGUCUAAACCUAAACUGGUCUAAAGAUGCCUGCCUCUUAUAAGUUUAUGAAUCUCAUUUCACCCAUUUACCACAACAUUCCAUCUACUAUCUCUCAGGUAAUUAAACUCAUGUCCAAAAUUAUGUUCUUUUUUUCAAAUUUGUUUCUCAUUCAUUUAGUGAAAUGACUAGCUGUUUCUCAGGAAACUACAUACUCUCAUUUCCCACAUUAAGGGAUGAUAGCUUACAAAGUCCUUCACAUUCCUCUACCACUUCAUUUGUGAAAUUAACUGGGAGGAUCUAUUCAGUUCAUAAUGACCCUCUCAGCCAGAAACAUACUUGCUACCAAGUUACAUAAUUGGACCUGUCAUCCUGGCAGUGUAGCUGGCCUAGUCCCUAAGAAUUUAGAGUGAACUCAGGGAAAGAAGACCCAUCUCUGUGGCUGGAGCUGUUUAUGUAAGCUUGGAACCAGCAGAGCCUGUUUCCCUUCAAGUGGUGUGCAGAAAAAGGUAGAGAUACGAUGGAGAAUUUUGUGGAUCUAUGGCUUCCUUGUUCUAGUUGCUAGUCAUUCCUGAGGACUUCUGGAAUUUCUGCUUCCGUACCCUUUCAAGGACUAAAACUGCUUAGUUAGAAAAAGAAAAGUAUUUCCUUACUAGUUGGUAAACAGCCACUACUCUGAGCCUGCCCCCAAAAGUACCCCACUCAGCCCAGUCCCUCUUCUUAGUCUAACAACUUUUUAUUUAUCAUUUUUACAUUAACUCACGUGUAUACAUUGUUUGGGCCACC